CGUGUCAGUGUCGGGAGGAAUGGCCAGAGUUACGGAAACUCCAUAGGGCUUUGUCUGAAAAAUUUUACAUUAAAAAAUACUCAUUUUAUAUUAGAGGACUUCGAGCAUCAACUAACUUCCAUUCGAAGGGACUCGGCAAAUCCUCUGAUGGCGUACUUGGUGGCACUGUAGGCGCAGUACCCAUAAACUCCGACUGAAGCUGCUUGGGACGCAACGGCGAUCACGAUUCCAUCGCCUCUCUCCUUCAUUCCCGUAAUCACCGCUUUGGUCGGCAGAAUUGUUCCCAAAAUGUUCAGAUUUGUAACAUACUACAAAAUAAUUAAAAGUACAAUUUGUAACAAGCUUGAGGGAAAAUACUUUGAUAUCAUCGUCUUUCAAAUCCUCCAAUUUCCCACAAAUUGGAGAUCCAGCGCAAUUUACGAGCAUGUAAAUUGGCCCAUUGACAUCUUCAGCAUCUUUCAUUUUUGCCUUCAACUCCUCACAUUUGCCGCUUAAGUCCACUAAAAAUGAGAGGUUUUAAAUGAGAUUAAAUUGCUGAAUGCUUUGUGAAAAUGCAUACUGGAGAUGCACUGGAUUUUCUGAUCUGGAUUUUUGGCUGCCUUCUUCACAUCUUCAGCUGCUUUUUCCAAAUUCUGCACGUUUCGAGCCACCAAAGUCACGUGAGCACCUCUCUUUGCUGCCUCGAUGGCAAAACUCCUGCCGAUUCCAAGCGAUCCGCCCGUAACCUGAAGGAGAAAUCCAUGAUUUAGAAUAAAUUGAUCUUUGCUGAUAAAAAAUUUUCAGGCAUCACCAGAACAUGUUUGCCUUCGACGGAGCGCUUUUUGCGUUGAGUGAAAUGAGAAAUGACCAGCAAAAUCACGCUGGCAAACAAACCAUAGCCAACAAAGGACGUUGAUAGACAGCACAGCAUUUUGAAAAGAACAACUCAAAUGAGUUCCGAAUCUGCCGAAUCCCAAGAGCGAAGAACUCAAAAUUGAAAAUUCGUUUAGUAACUAGCAACAGGGAAGUAAAGUAGUUAACAACUAUCACUAUCUCUUAAAACGUAAUCUGCUACAAAAUUGUUUAAUAACCACGCCCAUCAAAUUUUGAGUUUUCAGAACACGCGCGCGGACGAGCCCAUUUUUAUCGAAGUUUGAUUGGAUGAAUUCGAAAUAACUGUCCAAUGAAAAUAAUCAAUUAAAAACUAGCAUUGUAAACCGGUUCACCUAUUUUUGAGAAUUCCUUUUUUUCAGCUAAUUUGUCGCUUUUCAAGAUUAUUUUUUAAAAUCCAGAUAGCUUCAUUUAAUAUUAAUUGUAUUUUUCUUUAAUAACGAAUAAAAAUUUAAAUAUUCGACACUUAUCUAAUAUUGAGAGUUUGUGAAACAUUUGUAAACCGGUUAACUUUGUAAAAUACCGAAAUUCUUGCCGCCAAAUAACACAUGUCAGAGAAAAAUACAGCCAGAUUUUUAAUUUUCGUCCAAUUUUAGUCUGAAAUUUGGCGAUCGCAAAAAAUAUUUUACAAAAAUGGAAGGCUUUUUGAAGACGGGAAAACUUGGAGCGAAUGCAGGCUCAUCAGGAAUCAAAGGCAAAGCAAAAGCAGACGCUGCAGAGAAGAAAUCCAAAGCACCCUGGGUCGAGAAAUAUCGACCAAGAACGGUGGAAGAAGUCGUCGCCCAACCUGAAGUCGUGUCAGUUUUGCAGCAGGUGUUGUCAAAGGGCGCUGACCUGCCAAAUUUGCUUCUGUACGGGCCCCCUGGUACUGGAAAAACCAGCACGAUUAUGGCUGCAGCCAGGCAGCUCUUUGGAGACUUGUACAGAGAAAGGGUUCUUGAGCUGAACGCUUCUGACGAAAGAGGAAUCCAAGUGAUUAGAGAGAAGGUGAAACAGUUUGCUCAACUUGCAGCCAGUUCGGAGAGACCAGAUGGAAGGAAAUGUCCUGGUUUUAAAAUCGUUAUUUUGGAUGAAGCCGAUUCGAUGACCAAACAGGCUCAGUCUGCCCUUCGGCGAACCAUGGAGAGGGAGUCGAAAAGUACAAGAUUUUGUCUUGUUUGCAACUAUGUGUCCCGAAUCAUCGAACCAAUCACGUCCAGAUGUGCCAAGUUCCGCUUCAAACCUCUGAGCAUAGAGCAAUUGACUGGGCGUCUUGAGAUGAUUGCCAAAGAAGAGGGCGUUGCGGUGGGACCAGAGGCCAUCGAGGCCGUGAUUUCAACCUCGGGUGGUGAUUUAAGAAGAGCCAUCACUUGCCUCCAGUCUUGUGCUCGGCUGAAGAGCAAGGGUGUGCCCGUGGAAAAAGAAGAAGUCGUCGAGUUGAUGGGAGUCGUUCCCGGAAACUGGAUCCACGGUUUUAUGGAAGUUGCGGGAUCCAAGAAUUAUGACAAAGUGGAAACUUUUGUCAACAACAUUCUCUUGGAAGCAUACUCGGCCUCCCAGAUCAUGCUGCAGCUGCAUGACCGCAUUCUGGACAAAGAAGACAUUACCGACGAGUCCAAAGCUGAAAUUUGUGAAAAAUUAGCGGUUUGCAUGGCCGCUCUUGAAAAAGGCGCCGACGAGUAUCUUCAGCUGAUGGCCCUUGCGUGCACAAUGAUGUAUGCUUUCUAACAUGUUCUGUACAACUAACUAAUGGUAAAUUUCAAGAAAUAAUUCAUCUUUUGAGUGUAGUUGCUACACAUUCCUCAGUGCAACAUAUUUUUGUGACACAUUUUUUUUAUUUCAUAAAAUACAUCAACACUCAAUAAUAAAUUAUUCGUGUUUUAAUAUUUGUCACCCAAAGUUUCAGUGUGUUUGUCCUAUUUCAAAUUGGUCAGCACUUAAUGUGAGUGAGAUUUUAAAAAUUGGUUUGGUAUUUCAGAAUUUUUAAUAAUUUAUAAUGCGAUCUGAUCUUCUUGUAUAAAGCAAUAGCUUUUUUUAAAGUUGACAACCUUGUAAUUUUCUUAUAUUUUGAGUGAACUUGAAAAUUUGAUUUAAUCAAUACGUCUUAAAAAAUGAAAACUAUCUAAUAAUUUCAUUCCUGCUCCAGCAGAAUAUGCUAAACUGCUACUUAAACAUUUCAACGUGUUAUACUCUCUAUGUUAGAAAUUCGGCAAGCGUUAUUAAAACCUAUGGAUUUAAUAAAAGU